AUGGAGCCCAAUGGCUGUAGCUGGGAUGAAGACGAAGCUAUCAAGAGUUUCUUGAAGCUUAAUGUUGAUGCAGCCAUUGAAAAGAACAACCUUCGCAUGGGUUUCGGUAGUACUCUUAGAGAUGAGGAAGACAAAUUCAUUGCAGCAAGAGGUGCCCAAUGGCAUGGUGCCUUCUCUUCAAGGGAAGCCGAGGCAGUGGUGAUAAGAGAAGCGUUGAGUUGGAUAAAGAACAUUAAUUUUGCAAAGGUCCAUAUUGAGACAAAUUCCCUCCAAGUUGUCCAAUGGCUCAAUUCUAUGAGGGGAUUCUCUUCCUUUCAUUUAGUUCAUAAUGAUAUUAAAAAGCUUAUGAGUGAGUUAUCUCAUGCGUCUUUAAGUUUUUGUAAGCGAUUAGCAAAUUAG